AUGCGAUCAGCAGCUUCUGGUGGCCACAGUGAUAUUGUGUGGUGGUUGUAUGAAAACCUCCCGCAUGUAAGACACUACCUCCUCAACAAAGCGGUUUUGAACGGGGACCUUGAAUUGGCAGAGGGGCUUACUUCCCACGGAGCUCGAUUUUGUCGUUAUUUUCCAGACUACCUGGUGAAGCAAGUUGCUGCGAACGGGAGACUGCAGGUGUUUCUGUGGCUAUUUGAACAAGGUAAAAAUCGGCUGGCUAUUCAUGCUGUCGCUGCCAAUGGAUAUCUACAGGUUGUAGAAUUCCUAUGCGCACAGGUAGGGUUCAAGCACUUUACCAGGGGUAUGCUGGUUGACGCUGCGAAGAAUGGCCACCAAAGUGUCGUCAAGUGGAUGUGCCAAAAUGCUUCAAACCAGAAUUUGAUUUACCAAGAUGGAAAACAACAUUCGAAGACGAUCACAGCGAUGGAGGCGGCCGCUUCUGCUGGGCAUCUAACAAUUGCCAAGUAUUUGCAUGCACUCGAUAAGUUUUAUUCGUCCAGAAAGAGGAGGAGGGGCGAGGUCAUACCGCGAGUACGACCAAUUUGUACUAAUGGAGCGGCCGCGAAUGGCCACCUAGAAGUCGUCAAAUGGCUACACGAACACCGACUCGAGGGCUGCAGUGGCCGCGCGAUGGAUGGUGCAGCUUCAGCGGGCCAUCUAAAUGUCAUGCAAUUGCUGUUCAAACACUGUUUCGAAGGAUGCUCGAUAGCUGCAAUACUUGGCUACAUGAAUACCGAACGGAGCCUUAGAUGGCUACACAAAAAUCGGUCGGAACGUUGCACGGCUCAAGCGAUGAUUGAAGCGGCGAAGCAAGGUCGUCUGCAAAUCGUGGAAUGGCUUUACAGGCAUCGAUUGGAGCACGAUCUAACUGCAGCUUUGGAGCAGACUGAUACGAUCGACGUGUUCCUCCUUCUGCAUGAUCGAUGUGAUGUAAAGUGUACCGAGAGUGCAGCUAUAAGAGCGGAUGAGGAAGGCCCACCGGAGAUGAAUGACUGGAUCCUUGAGCACUAC